GAGCGUGAUGUCACGGAAGCGGGCGUGGCUUGGGCAGGAGGCCGGAUCCUCGGUACUCAAGUGAAUUGUCAGCCCGGGAGAAUGUCCGCUGAUCCCCUACCGCCACCCGCGGCUUCCCCGGGGCCUGCUCUGCCGACCUGCAUAGCGCUGGCCCUGGUCUCCCUGCUGUGCUUCGUGGCCGGAUUCGGGACGGGGGCCGAGUUCGUGCGAUUCCUGUCCUUCGGGGCGAUAUUUAAAAAUAUCAGCGGAGAGUCAGGUGAAACCUCGCUGUCAUGGGGCGAAGCUGUGGAAGAUUCUCAGGUGCUGCGAUCCCUUGGGAUAGAUGUCGCCCUGCUUUUUCUGUUUGUACUCCAGCACAGCAUCAUGGCCUGGUCGGCAGUGAAGGGUGGAAUCACCCGUGUGUUCGGCGUGCUGCAGCGUUCCGUCUAUAUCCUCUGCACUGCCCUGUCUCUGCAGGUAAUGAUAAGGUCCUGGCAACCCUGCCCACAUGGUCCCUACCUGUGGAACGUAUCUUCAGAUUAUUGGAAUGCGCUACUGCCUCUGCUGUGUGCCCUCCUGCAUACCAUCUCUUGGCUGCUGAUAUUUAGCGUUCUGCUUAUCUUCGACUAUGCCGAGCUAAUGGGCAUUAAACAGGUGUAUUAUCACUGCUUUGGUAUGGGUGAUCCUCUCUCACAUAAGUCACCACGUGUCGCCCGCCUGUAUGCCCAUCUCAGACACCCCAUCUACCUUGAGCUGCUCCUCAUCCUGUGGGCAGUGCCCAGUAUGCCCCCCGAUCGCUUGCUUCUCUCCUCUUUCCUCACACUGUACCUGUCGCUGGUCCAUCGGCUGGAUGUGCAGGAUUACACCUACCUGCGUUCACAGCUUCAGAAGAAGUUCGUGCUCUUUUCCCGGGAGGAAACUACUAACGAGAGGUGGGGACUGUGGAAGAAAGACUGAAACGAAGGAGAUCGACAAACCCAGGAAGAACUGGGACGUAAAUGAACUGGAUCUGGUUAGGGCAAAUCUGUGAGCAGUGUUAGGGCAUUAGGAAAAUGAGCUUUGGAAGGCAAGGUGAACAAGGAAGAUAGACGUAUGGAGGGAAAGAAUGUGCUUUUCACAAACUAAUGCAAGGCUUUGCACAAAUGCCAGGAGUUUUGUUUUUUUGUGGUUUUCGAGGAAGGCUUUGUCGCCAUGGGACAAUUUUAACAUAAUCUAGAUUUUAGUCCAUGACUCCUCUGGCCGCCCUUUUUGGGUUCAUGUCUCAAAUCAUUUAGUCGUUAUUGGUGCAUAUUUCCACCCCAUGUCUCUUAUUUGGAUUCCAGGAGAAUUAGAUCUGCUACUAUGUACAAAUAUUACCCAGCAGCCAACGUCAUCUUGCAUCUUGAAAGCCAUGCUGUGUAAUGCAGGAUUCAGUGUUCUGGUGCUCUCUAGCUGUCGGGGGGGAUGGGAACUCUUAACAGAUUGAUGUAAAAUCAUGUCUAGAUUAUCUCCAGGCCUAGAUCGGUCUGCCUGAGUAAACGCAAGUCAUAGUAUCCUCUACAGAAAAUCCCUGAGCUUCUGGCAGUUCCUCAAGGGCAAAAUAUAUAAAUACAUAUCAUGAUUAUCACUUGCACAAUAAUGGGAUUCCAUUUUACCGCUGGGAACUAUGUGACCAAUCACUUUCAUGGCCAGGAGUUUGCUUAAUGCAAUGCUUACCUUUUAUUUAUUUUAUACAUACAUUAAAUGCAGAUUAUGUUUUAAUAUUUGCAUUUCUAACCAAAUAUCUGGUACUACUAUUUCCAGAGAUGCAACGUUUUAAAAGUCCAGCCAUCUGUUUACCGUAUUCUGCUUGCCAGCUGGCAUUCCUGUCGCCUUAGUACAGGGGUAGGCUACCUUCAGCACUCCAGAUGUUGUGGACUACAUCUCCCAUAAUGCUCUUAGAGCCAUAAUACUGGCGAGGCAUCAGCAAACAUCUGGAGGGCCGAAGGUUGUCUAUUCCUGCCCUAGUGGGAUGCUUUAAUGUGUAAGUUGAAGCCAAGUGCAUUAUUGGAGUUUAAUUAACAGGUAGCCUAUAAUCUACUGAUCCUCAUUUUGGCAGACUGGUUGGUUGGUUCCACCAAAAGAUUUGGAGUUUAUACUUUUUGCAGAUAUAUAUA